CUCGUCUGCUGUCUAAACAAGGUUUAGAGGUGAUUUUCCGUAACAAUUUUCUUAUAAAUAAAAAUAUUAUGGUUUAGAAACAGAUACCCUGGUGCUCAAACCUCUUUUCCCUGUGAUAAUUUCCUUCCCACUAUAGGAUACAGCUCCCAAUAGCCAUAAUGUUAAGCUACGCUAAGUGCUUAUUAAUAGGCAAGUGUGUGCGUAGAUUCGGCACCACGACAGUGGCCUGCGUCAGUCACUACGAUGUCCUUGGAGUUACUCCGAAAGCGAACCAGGGAGAAAUAAAAUCGGCAUAUUAUAAACUGUCUAUGCAGUACCACCCGGAUAAAGCUAGUAAUAAUGCGGAAUCGGCUGAAAAGUUUAGACAGAUUACUGAAGCUUAUGAAGUCCUGGGCAAUUUAAGAUUAAAGAAAAUGUAUGACAAAGGCCUUCUUGUGGGUAGAGAAAGUAAAAUUCGAGAGUAUCAUCCCGAGCCUGAGCCGACCGACCCCACACUCAAGUUCUACAAGUCCAGGACAAAGCGCACAGUCAUACCCACCAUGGACGGGAAAACACCCAUCUAUGACUUUGAUUCAUGGGCAAAAAACCACUAUGGAGAAACAUUCAAGAAAUCUCAAUACGAGAAGGAGUUUUUGAAGAGGAAGAAAGCAAAGAAGAUGGAUCAAGAGUCAUCAGUGAGACAAGAAACAUACACAUACAUAAUCAUAUUUCUAACUGCGUUAUUCGGUUUAUUUGUUAUAAACGGAACAGAUGACUAUGACAAAGAUCUAAUAAAAACACCAUCCGAUUUACAAACAAAUGGUAACAAAAAAUAGCAAAAUCUAGAUAUUUUUUUUUUUUAUAUGUAUAGAAAAGUGAUACAUUUUAGACUCACACCAGGUUUGUACAUAUUGUAAAUAGCUGUCAAUGCAUAAUGUUAAAAUACAUUAUUUUAUCUUGAUGACCACAUAAAUAAUAGUUAUAUAUUUA